CCAAGCCCCGCCCCGGCCUGGCCCUUGCCGCUUCCCACCGCCCUUUCCGUAGUCUCCUGGCUCCUGGCUCCUCUUAGGCUCGGCAGUAUUGGAAGCGCGCAGGCGCGGCUUGGGGCUCCCAGAACGCGGAGUAGCGGAGCGGGACGCGCGGGAAUCAUCAGCCAGGGACGUGCCAGAGACCACAAGAAAACAUGGGGAGGGUUUUCCUCACAGGAGAAAAAGCCAAUUCAGUAUUAAAGCGCUACCCAAGAGCUAAUGGACUUUUUGAAGAAAUAAGACAGGGCAACAUUGAGCGUGAGUGCAAAGAAGAAGUCUGCACAUUCGAGGAAGCUAGAGAAGCUUUUGAAAAUAAUGAAAAAACUAAGGAGUUUUGGAGCACCUACACGAAAGCACAGCAAGGAGAGAGUAACAGAGGAAGUGACUGGUUUCAAUUUUACCUUACCUUUCCAUUAAUUUUUGGUCUCUUCAUUAUCCUUCUUGUCAUUUUCUUAAUCUGGAGAUGCUUCCUAAGAAACAAAACUCGUAGACAGACAGUGACUGAAGGCCACAUUCCUUUCCCUCAGCACCUCAAUAUCAUCACUCCACCUCCCCCACCUGAUGAAGUGUUUGACAGCAGUGGAUUGUCUCCAGGCUUUCUAGAAUAUGUGGUUGGUCGUUCAGAUUCUGUCUCCACUCGCCUAUCCAACUGUGACCCCCCACCUACCUAUGAGGAAGCUACUGGCCAGAUGAACCUGCGGAGAAGUGAAACAGAACCUCAUUUAGACCCACCCCCGGAGUAUGAGGACAUAGUCAACUCCAACUCAGCCAGUGCCAUUGCUAUGGUGCCUGUGGUCAACACCAUCAAAUGAAGCUGUAAACUUCUUUUUACUCUAAUUGUUUUUAAAUUACUAAUGAAAGGACUUUCUAGCACUUUACCACUACAUAAAUGUGCAUUGACUUAUUGCAUUGGAUUCCUACAGCAUACCACUUCAUAAUUUCUAGUUCGAUUUUCUUUAAUUCUGUUUCCUGUUAAAAAUCAUUAUCUGUGCUCAUUGUUGCCAAAGGAAAUAUGUGAAGAGAGAAAAACAUACCAAUGGGGGGUCUUCAUGUGCUAUGAUGAGAUACAUACAUACAUACAUACAUAUAUAUACAUGAGUAUGUAUGUGUAUAUAUACGUGUGUGUAUCAACACAGUAUGUGUGCAAUUGUCUUGAAAAUCCAUUAACAUCUUAAAUCACCAGUAAAGAGAAUACUCAUGAAAAUUGGACAAAAGGGACACCCAGGUGGUGUAAGAUAGCCAUCAAUUUGCUGUAGACUCUUGCAAAAAGGAUUUAACUAGUAUGUUUUAUGAUUCUUACUGGCUUCUGUUAGCAUUUUUUUCCUUCAUCUAUCUUAAAAUGGAAAAUUCAUGGAGUCAUUCUUAAUUUUAGAAACAUCUCAGAAAGUGAGAGAGAGUGUGUACAAGAUAAGCAAUAAUUUGUUUGCAAUGUAUAGCAAGAAAAUACUUGGUUGUUAGUAGUAUUUGACUCAUUUUAUACUAAGGAUUGUUUUGUUGUUGACCACCAUCCUCCAAAUUAAACAAUUUACUUAGCAUCUUUGAAAGUUUCAUGGUAUUAAUAACUUUGUGUGGAGGAUUUCCUGGCAACAAAAUUUGUAAAGUGGACAUAUGCUAACGACAGACACUAGAUACCAGUUAAUUACCCCUUUGCUGAUGAGUGGCAAUAAUUAUUUUCUUCUUGCUGUGCACUCUUUUAUUCUGUGUACUCUCUCCUACCACUGCAGAAUCUUCAAGCACCUAAGAGUUAAGUUUUUUGAAAUGAUUUUCAUGAUGUUUUUGUACAGGCUGAAGUCUUUGCCUCAGGCUUAUUAGGAGGCAGUUUUCCACUAAAUUAUGAACUGUGAUUUUUAUAUUUUUCUCCAAUUGGUGGAAGAUUGCAAGGUAUGUGUUGUAACAAGUGCAUACUGAAUCUAAUUAUAGCCCUGCAUAGAUUUCAUUAUUCUUGCUACUUUGUUUUGUAGUUUCAUUAGGUUUUUUUUUUUUUUCUACUGCAGGCUUUUUACUUCUCCCUUGGAGAAGAGGAAUAGGCUGUGGAUAAACUGCCAACCUAAACUGUCUGAGUAGUUGCUUUAUAAAGUUCCAUUAUCUAUGCAGUGAUGGUAAAUUCAUUAGAUUGGUUCACGGAAAUAUCUUUCUACUACCAAGUCUUGUCUGUGUUGGACAGAAUGGCGGAUACAGAGGUGGACAUUGUUGGUGCAGCAGGUUAAGCCACUGCUUGGUACACCUGUAUCCCAUAUGGGAGUGCUGGUUCCAGUCCCUGCUACGUGCUUCCAAUCUAGCUUCAUUCUAAUGCACCUGGGAGGUAGCAGAUGAUGGCUCAAGUACUUGGGUCACUGCCACUCACAUUUGGCCUGGUUCAGCCCUGGCUGUUUCAGGCAUUUGGGGAGUGACCCAGCAGAUAGAAGAUCACUUACUCUCUCUCUCUCUCUCUCUCUCUCUCUCUUUCUCUCUCUGUUAUUCUUCAUUUCGACUAAUAUUUAAAAAUAAAACAAAACCACUCCAUCCCCACUGACUCCUCCCUCAAUUCUGCCCCAGAAUCAAAGGAAGGAGGGAAAACUGCAAGGAAUCCUGAACUAGGAGUCAGAUAGCCUAACUUUUAACCCCCUUCUGCCACAUACUUGCCAUGGUACCUUGGACGAGACCCCUAUUUGACCCUCAGACUCCUCAACCUGAAAACAGGGAUAGUAUCAUUUGUCCUGCUCUUCUCUGGGGGCUUUAAAAGGAUCAAAUGAGAUGGUGUGUGUCGAAGUAGUUUCUAAAAUGUGAAGACUUAUCUAGAUAGAAGAUCCUAGCAUCAGUACUGUGCUUCAAAGAGAAGGUUCUUCCUCUCUUUCUCUAAAGGUUAUCAGAGCGUUCACAUAGUGAGAAAUAGAGCAGGGUGUUCUAUAAAUGACUAGCAUAGUCCUAGUCUAAGUGUGUGGAAUUUUAGUUAAACCCUGCCGUACUCUAUUCUAUACCAAAGCUGUGCCAACUUAAAGAUAAUGGCUAACUCAGUACAAACCAGGUUUAAGCAAAUGUUGGAAAGGGAACCGAAGUAUUUUUAAUUAAUAGGUUGUAGCUUCCUUGAACUAAAACUGAUUAUAUCUUGACACUGAUCUCAGAAAUGACAAUAUUGUUUUGAGUGUUGCCAUGAGUACAUGGCAAUCUUUGAUUUCUAGUUAAAGCUGAAGGUAGGAGUGUUUGAUACAAUGACGUAUUUGUGAGGUUUUUUGGGGUUUAUUUUUAAAUAAAAGUUAGGGCUCCCUUUUUUUAAGGUUCCUUUUGCACUGACUUUUCUUUUAGUCAUUAAUGUCAGUCCCUGGGGUACCUUGAGAACGUUUCAGAGGAUUUGUAAGAUCAAAAUAUUUUCAUAGUAAUAUGAAGACAUCAUUUGUCUUUUCAUUCUGGAUCUCUCAAAAAGAGUUGAAAAUGUAAAACCAUGCCACAUUCCCGCACAUCUUUUUUCUGUUUUAGAAAAUAUAGAUAUUUUCAUAAAAAUAUUAUUUAUUUAUGUUAGCAUGUAAUGGAUUUGUUGUUUUUAAAUGAAUUAAUACAGUAUUUUUUCAUUUUAUUUUCUAAUAUGAUAAAUAUUGAGACAUAAAUCUCAUAAACAAAAACUCUUUGACUUCCAGAUCCCCAUUUUAAGACUAUAAUGGGGUCUGGAGACCAAAAGUUUGAGAACUACAGGAUUAGACAACAGAAAAGGAUAUUCAAUUACUAAAUAUAUAUUCUUGAAAAUUUAUUUUUACAUUUUAAAUUCCUGAUAUUGGAUUGAAUGCUGUCUCUCAGAGAUACCUGAAUUAAACUCUAAGGAUAAAUGUUGAUCCCUGAUGAAAAAGGCAAAAUGUUUAAACCAAUCAGUGACCACAGCUUUUUAGACAGUUUGUCAAAAACACACACACACACACACACACACACACACACACCAGUGUUACUCCAUAGUAAAAGCUCCAUCAGCUACAGAUCUCAUCAUGGCUUUCAUGUGAUAACAGAAUAAGCAAAAUACCACUUUAUUCAAGAAACAUCAUCUGAGGAUUGCUCAUUUUGUUUGAAUGUGGUUUGGGUUUUAUAUUUUUAAAAUACUUUUUGCUACCCCAUCUGGUUUUAUAAACUGAGUUUCCUAACAUUUAUUAUAAUUAAGGGGUUUGUCUGGAAUAAUAUGUAUUUUUAUGCUUUUAUCUUUCCUACCUGACUGAUAUUAUAUUCACCUUUGGUAAUUUUUAAUAAAGGUUUAUUUUUGCAGAAUAUAUUUAGUAUCUUUAUUAAGCAGUAACUAAAUCGAAUCAAUGGGUUUGCAUGUAAAUAAAAGAAUAGGCUCCAGUCUUCCAGUAGAAUGAUUUCUAAGCUUCCACAUACAGUGGUUGUAUCUUGAAUCCUAGAACUGACAAUUUUGCUUCCAUGCUCUAAAUGUCUCAAUAAAUUGUAUGCGUUUAAAGUAAAUAAAAUGAUUUAUCCUUUCCCUAUUGACCAAUACAAAUAGAGAUGUUGUGUUUUUUUUCAUUGCUAAUAAUGACCUUUUCAAGUUUGAUGAUCAGAUCCAGUUAACUAUGGAGGUAGCUUUAACUUGGUUCUAUAAAAAUAGCAUGUAUUUUAUUAUAAUAUUUCACAAUUUAAAUGCUUGGUUUACAUUAAAUUAUAGUAUUUAACUUUUAUGUUUAUACUAGGUAUGGUUUUUCUUGUGUUCCUGUGUUUUUGGUAUGCUAAAUAAAGCUAUUUUUAAAUCCAA